UUUGUCAAGCGCCGAAUAACUCGAAGAUUAGUCUUGGAGACGACGCCAUCUUGUUUACGUCUGUUUAUAAGAUGUGACACACCCACGAUGGCAGCCACGGAUGGCCAAAUCGUGGUAGCAGCGUCUCGUUGGUUGGACGAGGGUCACUAUCUCAGAGAGUUCGCUGUUAAGAACCGACUGCCUAGCGUCGCCAAGAUCAUCAAAGGUCAAUAUGGAGGUCUCGGAGUACCCACACUACCAAGCCCAGGCCUUCAGAGCACAGCCCUACUUGUAUCCGCAGGGAAGAGGAAAAAAAUCAUUGCUCAGGCCAUAAAAUUAAAAGAGGGAAGACGAAUGGUCAGUGUAGGACCUAGAAUAGCUAUCCCUGAUACUUAUAAAGGAUAUUUUGAGCUGCUCAGCGAAGAAGGUAGAGCAGUACGAUGUAUAGAAUCAGUAGCAGAACUAUCAAGAAGAAAACUUGAAGAUGGAUGUUUAGUGAGAGAACCAGUUAGGGUGAUUUGCGCUAAAACAGAUCUAGAAGGUAAUAUAACAGCCGAUGGAGCAAGAAAUAUGCCCGCUGGAGAAAUCAUUAUGCCUAAAGGAGAGGCGUAUUUAGGUAAAAAUAAAUAUUUGAAAUGCACUGACUCUAAAGGUGAUACGGUAUUGUUAAGUUUGGAUCAGAGGGGAAAGUUCUCUGCUAUAGCCAAAGAAGAGAACAUAAGUGGAGUUCACACAGCUAAAACGUUGCUAACGAAACGAUUGCCGAUCACUGUAAGACUUGUGCAUGGCACUCCACCGAGAGGACUAAAGAGUGCAAGCCAUUUUGUUCCUGAAUUGAGGUUGUUGUCGAUGUUUGAAGAAGACCACGUAUUUGCACUGCCUCUACCAAAAGAAGGUAACGCUUUAGUAGCCUUACCAUUAGCGGCUCCUCUCAAAAUGCAAAAAUGUAAAAAUGAAGAGCAGAUCAAAAACUUUAUGGAGUUCUCAAGAUUAGUUGAGAAGUGCAAUCGGUUGCUCGUUGAUGUGGUUGAUAGAAUACAUGUACUAGAUGGUAAAUUGGGUGAUCCAAAGAGACUACUAAACGCGCCAUUACAUGCCCCACCUUUGUUAAAAACUGGAUACUUCUUAAGAAGAAGCGCUUCUUCGGACACUGCCAAUCAACACAAGCAUAUAUCCCGCCACAGUCAUAUUUACAGUAGUCACAGAGAUGAAAACAGUAUUCCCGAUGAAUACGAUGAAAUUGAUCAAAUCUAUGACUAUGUGAGAGGGUUCGCGCCUCUACCUAAGAAUUUAAAAUCGCCAUAUUCUAACGAACCCACAAGACACGAAUCGGCACCAUCAUCUCCUGCGCCGACGCCUAUCCACAUGCCUUUAAUAACUGAAAUAAAACCAGAACCGCCCCCUAUAGAGACUAUACCGACUAAAAAGCCUUUGAAUGCCCAAAAAGCAGAGAAGAGAACACGCAAAACUGCCAUAACGCCUAAGGAAACUCCUAUUACAGUGUAUAAAGAAAAAUGUUCUAUCGCUCCAGCCCCGAACAAUUUGCCCAAGUUGUUUAUAAAAAAUAACGUGAACAGCAAUAAAACUAGAAUGGUGUUCCGUCAAAAAAGUAAUUCUCCUACAAAAGAGAAUCCUAGUCCAGUAACUAGUCCGGUACGUCCAAUUACGAAAGGUGAUUCUCCUAUCUUUAACAUAAGGUACAAGAGUCUUUCUAAUAUACAUCAGGCUAUGGAGUUAGAUGGGACGUUAGAUUCAAGCCACUCUGGUGGGAGAACGUCGGGAGAUUCGGGUAACGGCCCGAAAUUACCAGAAAAGAGAUCAAGGAAACUGAGCAGGCCUAAAUCGUUGACUAAUCUCGUUUGGGAAAUGAAAGGUUGCCCUGUGGAAACGGAGAAACCAAAACUUAGAGUAAAAAAUGAGGGCUACAAGAAGAUGGGAAAUAAAUUGUCUCUGGGAACCCAAAAGAAGGUGCCGACGCUGUAUCUCUAAUUAUCUGAUCUUCGGCAGAACAGGAGAAAUAUCAACAUAAAGAAGACAUGGGAAUCAAGAAAACUAAAUAAUAGGAGAAAUACAACGACAACAUUAUUGUACUUACUUAUUAGUUUGCCUUCAUUAAAAACCUAUUAUUUUACAUAGACACACCCUACAUUGAUUUGCUUUUUUUUUAAUUUAGAAUUUUGGCUCACUAGCCUUCGACCCAAAAAUACAACAAAAAAACAAUACUUGCAACAUAUUCUUUCAAAAUUUUAAACUGUCUAUAAUAAUAGUUUUUAUACAUUUAUAUUAUAAAUAUAACGUUAAAUUGGAUUCAUUACUGGCAUAAAGAAAUCUAAGAAUUUGUACUUGCUAUAGAAUAUAUUGGAACUAAAAUUACGUAACCUGCAAUACCGCCGCCGCCUUUUUUUUUUUAGCGUUUUAAUUAUCUAUUUGGCGCGUUUGUAAAUUGAUAUAAUUGUUAGGUAAUUAUUAAAAAAUAUGUUUUUUUAUGUAAAUACAAAAUAUUUUUUUACAUAAUUUGAAUCCAAAUGUAUCACAUUAAGUACAAAUAAUUAAAUUGAAAUAGAAAGAAAUAUAUAUUUUUUCCUAUGAUGCAAGCGUAAGGAGAUCGAAUUUAUUUUUCAAUAGGUUAUUAAUGGAGGCAAACCAUAAAAUAAAUUAUGUCGUAUUGAAUUAAAUAAAAAAAAAAAAACUUGUUUUUGAUCUCUUAAUAAUUAUAAAUCGUUAUUUAUGAUUUAAUGCCAUAUUACGGUGUAAUACUAUUGCGAUGUUCUUUUAGAUGUAGGAAUAUGUAAUUUUAAUUCUCCUUUAGUCCUCUAAAUUUUGGCAUAUUACUAGUAAAUUAGAUGAUAAAAUUCCUAAUUUCUUUUAUUGUAAACCAAAAAAGCGAGGUGCCUUAUUAAGUAAAAAAAAGACAUUUCUUUCAAAUAAAAUGUAAUACAUUUGUGAUGAUGCUCUAUUCAAACUGAUACGGUUGUAUGGGACCGGAAAAUUUGUAUGACCUUGUGUGGACUUAACAUUUUUUUACAAUCUUUCUAUAGUAACAGUUUUAGACAACAUUGUUCGUAAAAUUGUUUUUCCUUGUUUUUUACAAUUUUAUGCCGUAUUUUAAUAAUCUGAUAUCUAGUUUUGUUUUUAAUCUAAUAUCUCUGGUCGGUUUAUAAUCUUAAAUAAUGACAAGGAAAUUACGUUUUUCGAAAUAAUUUUCUUGGCCUAAAAUAAAAUUGUAUGUACAACAUACAGGGUAUAAAUUUGCAUAUUUACAUUAAAAAGUAAAGUAUUAAAAAACAAUACUAAUAUUUAAAAAAUACUAAUUUAAACACUUAUGACUAGGCUGUUUGGGCCAUGCUCUUUGCCUGUCCAUUUUAGACGAAUUUUAUAACACCAACUAAUUUAAAACUAAAAAAAAAGCGUUUUAAAGCGCCCUCUACAUAUCUUGUUUAUAGCUAAGAUUAUGAACUAAGUUCUUAAUCUUAGGUAUCACGUUAUGAUGAGAAAAUUAUUAAAAACUUAUAUUAAUAACCCAUAAACCGUAUCAUUUGAUAUUCAUAAACAGAAAUAUAUGGGACGUAUUUAACAGCUGUUUAAUCCUUAUUAUAAUUACAAAUAAUUUUAGUUUUCUCUCUUCUUUUUCAUUACAUGACAAAUAAAUCUAUUUGGAUAACAAUUCGUAGAGAUGUAGUUUGGGAACUUAAUAUCAAGAACAAACAUGGUUAAUAAUGUAUGAUGUGUAAUGUCAAAGUUAAUUCAUGUUAGGUUUCUAUAUGUUUAUUAUACUAGCUGGAAAUAUAAUAGAUGUAUUUAAAAUACUUGUACAAUGGAAAUUGUACAAAUAUUUUAAAUAAUAUCAUACAUAAAAGAAAUCUUAAUAUAAAUUGUAUAUGUAUACUUUCAUCCAUGCUACAACAAUGUCAGUUGAUUUCCUACAUAUAGCAUCAGACUGUAUGGUCCAGUUAACUUUGUUUGCUUGCAAAAAAUAACAAAUUUAAAUGCAACAAAAAUACUCAUCUACUUAUUUUAGAUAGAAUUUUAUUUCCAAAAUAGGUUGUUUUGGAAAUAAUAUUUAAUAUUAAAAACAUUUGAUGUAAUAUCCCAUUUAAAUUUCCCAUUUACCUUUGCUAUUAAAUGGUAGAUAUCUUAGACGAUUCCACUGGUUCCAAUAUAUAUUUUACUUCAUCGAGAAAUGGUAGCUAUGAAUAUCCAAUUAUUAAGUAAAUAGUUUUAAAUGUCAGCAAUAUUGUUUAAAUAUUUUCACCUAGUACUUUUAAGCUAUAUUUUCAUUUUAGCCAUUACCUAUCCACUGCUGAGCCCAGACCUUCUCAAGAUUACCAUAAGGAACUGUCCUGAGCCCCCUGUAUACAUAUUCAUACUUUUAUCUACGUAAUUGGGUUAAAAGACUGAUAACUGCCUCCCUUAUAUUUCCGUCUUUUAUUAAAUAAUAAUAAUACAUAUAUAAUUUUAAGAGAACCAGUCACAAAAUAUCUUUGUUUAGUUUUUAAGAUGUAAUGAAAUCUUUUUUGAUACCUAUGCAUUUAUCGUGUUUAUUAUAUACAGUCAUAGAGUUAUAGAUUUUUUUUAUACUAUACCUAUUUACUAUAUUUAAUUUUUUGUCUGUACUUUAUAGUUUUGGAUAUCAGGAAAUUGGUAUGUAAUUUUAAUAAAUUCUAUAUUAAUAACAUAAGUACCGGUACAAAAUCGCAACAAUUCUUUUAGUAUAGCGCCAUCUACCAUUUAGUUACAAAAAGUUUUGGUUGUUGUCUUUACCAGUAUAUGUCGUAGGAGACGCAAUUUACCAUUUAAACAAAAUAUAAAAUAUUUAAUAUUUGAAUUCUCCAAUUAUAUGACAAUAUUAAAAAAAUUAUAUUACCUUUGGGACGAUAUUUCAAAACGUAUUGCGUGUAUAAAUGUAAUAAAUAUUUUACAACAAGCUAAAAAUUUAAAAGAAUAUUAUAUUAUGAAUACAAUGAAGUUUCAGUAACACAAACAGUUGUUUGUAUUUGAAUCAAACACGUUAACUAGGGUUAACCUGUGGUUAGCUUAAGAUUAACCUUAAGUGUUAACCUUAGAGGAUACUAUGGGAGGAGCUAUGGGUAUACUAAAAACAUUGAAAGUACAUAUACAAUUUUUAAGCCAAACCCCCAUUUAAAUUAAUUUUAAAUACACCAAUGGUACUUACUUGGUACCAUAUUUAUGACACAAAAUACACAUGUUAUAAUACUUUUUCCUGAUUCUCUAACUAUAAAACAUUAGUUAGGUUUACUUACUUAAAUAUUUUCACUAUAUGACAAUUUGAUAACUUUCUUGGAGGUUCAAAUAAACAACGAGAUUAGGUAAUUAUAAAUUUUGAAUCUUCGACAAAUUUUAUCAUUAUAUUAGACAGAAGUAAUGAACUCUCUAAUGUUUAAUCCAAAUUAAAUUCACGAUGUUUAUAUUUAAGCUAGCGUGUCCAAUUUCCAAUAAUUUCUUAGGAUAUUUUCUAAUUAAUGUCAUUAUCGUAAUAUUUCAUUUCUCAAUAUUGUAAUUCACAUAAAAUAAAUAAAUGAAAUGAUAUUCAAAUAAAA